ACAACCAUACAAACCCUCGUAGUUCUAUCGAAACCCAUAUUCCCAAAAAAGGUGUAGUAAAUGUAAAACCACACUCAUACACAAACCCAAAAAUACCAUUUCUCUUCCGCCGUUAGAUUCCUUUCUUUCUCUCUCUGUUUUCUCUUUUCCGGCCAUGAAAUUUUCCCGACAAACAGACUGAAAUUGGAAUUUUGGGGGUUUUGAACUGAGAUUUUGAUUUCCAGUUUUGGAAAUGGUGUCGCUUGAGGAUUCUCAUUCCACUUCUAAUCGGUUUCCUUUAAGCAGAAAUUGUUACAGUCCGUCGUCUACCACUUCCAGUAAAAUUAGCCGGAACAUUGGCCGUUCUAUGCGUACUAUUCGCUCUAAUUUCUUUCAAGAUGAUAAUAGUUGCACCUUUAAUGGCUCUGUUGCAGCGAAAUCCAGCUGUAUAUCUGAGAAUCUCACCGAUUCUGUCAUCGACCUUAGGCUUGGCGAGUUGGCAUCACGUAGCCCUAAAUGGCCCAAGCAAUCUUCUGAACAGGAACAGGAUUUUCUUGAACUUUCCCAUGCUUUCAGUGAUUUCUCUGCUUGUAGCAGUGAUAUUUCCGGGGAGUUGCAGAGACUUGCAAGUUUGCCCUCCAUGGCGGUUGUUCCUAAACGAGAAGGUGAAGAUGCUGACCCCGAGCCUGAACCUUGUUUAGGGUUUUUGCAGAGGGAGAAUUUCUCCACUGAGAUUAUUGAGAGUAUUUCGCCCGAAGAUCUACAGCCGACUGUCAAGAUCUGCAUCGAUGGGCUUCAGGCAUCGUCAAUUGCAGUGAAGCGAUCUGCGGCGGCUAAACUGAGGCUUCUGGCGAAGAAUCGGUCUGAUAAUCGGGUACUCAUUGGGGAGUCCGGGGCUGUUCCUGCUUUAAUUCCUUUGCUUCGAUCUACCGAUCCAUGGACACAAGAGCACGCUGUAACUGCCUUGCUGAAUCUCUCACUCCACGAGUCUAAUAAAGUUAUUAUUACGAAUGCUGGAGCCAUAAAGUCGCUGGUUUAUGCGCUCAAAACUGGCACCGAAACUUCGAAACAGAAUGCAGCUUGUGCUCUGAUGAGCCUCGCUUUGUUGGAGGAAAACAAAACUUCGAUUGGGGUUUGCGGGGCUAUUCCACCACUGGUAUCUUUACUACUGAAUGGAUCGAAUAGAGGGAAAAAGGACGCGCUCACUACACUCUACAAGCUUUGCUCGAUCAAACCGAACAAGGAGCGGGCCGUCACGGCCGGAGCUGUGAAACCAUUGGUGGCGCUAGUAGCGGAGCAAGGCACGGGUUUAGCAGAGAAAGCGAUGGUGGUUCUUAAUAGCUUGGCUGGGAUUCAAGAGGGAAAGGAUGCGAUUGUGGAAGAGGGUGGAAUUGCUGCGCUAGUGGAAGCAAUUGAAGAUGGGUCGGUGAAAGGGAAGGAAUUUGCGGUGUUGACACUCUUGCAACUGUGUGUUGAGAGUAUGAGAAAUAGAGGAUUGCUUGUAAGGGAAGGUGGAAUUCCACCUCUGGUUGCUCUUUCGCAGACUGGAAGCGUUCGAGCAAAGCAUAAGGCGGAAACGCUUCUGGGGUAUUUAAGAGAACCAAGACAAGAAGCAUCUUCAUCAAGUCCUUAACACAAGGCGUGAGAUGGGUUUUUUUAGAAGGUAAUUGUAUUAUUAAGUAGUGGUAUCGUGGUUGUUGUAUAUAGGGAGUGGUUUUUUUGAUGGUUUGUACAGCGUGGUUGAGGAGGUUGGAAGAAUGAAGAUUGUAGAAUGGAGUAAGUAGUGCAGUUAGUAAAGUAAAAAACUGACGAUUAGAGAACAAGAUGUAUGAUUUUUAACUAGGUUAUGGGAUAUCCUUUUUUAAUGACAUUCCGUUUUACUAAAUAGUGGAAUAUCUUGGUUUGCUUUUCUGGGUUUGGGGAUUUGAUGAAAAUUCUGAUUGGUUGUGUGUUUUGUAUGGGUGAACCCAAAUUCUGUGGAACUGAUCGUCUUGUUUUACAUAUUAAAGCUGCGAAUUGCACAAAAUUUUGUAA